UGAAGCGAAAUGUAAAAAUGGUAAAUGAAAAUCUAAUUCUAAGAAAAUAAAUAUGUAAUAUAUGAUUAAUCUAGCAAGUAAUAUUAUAUCGAGUGACACACAUUUAAUUAUUGGUUUAAUAGUUUCGUCUCUGCUCGUGAAUUUAUGAGGGUUAUUUUAGUUGUUAUUUAAUUAUGUCCUUUUAAUAAUAUUGACUGCAAAGCUUUAUAGUUCGAAAUCAGUAUGUUUAAAAGCCGGGGAGAUAGUAACAUAGUUUAUAAAUGUACUGUGAGAUUAUUAGAAGAUACAGAAAUAUUAGAGUGUGAAUUUCAUCCUAGCUAUAAAGGCAAAUUUCUCUUGGAACAUGUCUGCCAGCAACUAAAUCUGUCUGAAACGGAUUAUUUUGGGCUACGAUAUGUAGACGCUAAUGGUCAACGGCAUUGGCUCCACUUAGCUAAAUUAAUACUGAAACAAGUUAAAGAUGCAUCACCAAUAUUAUUCAGUUUUCGUGUUAAAUUCUACCCUCCAAAUCCAUUGCUACUUAAGGAAGAUGUUACACGGUUCCAAAUUUACUUGCAACUUAAACGAGAUCUGCUUCAUGGGAGACUUUAUUGCACAUCAAAUGAAGCUGCUAUGCUUGGAGCGCUAAUAAUACAAAUUGAACUUGGUGAUUACGAUCCCAGUAUACAUGUCGGUAAUUAUGUGACUGAAAUGCGACUACUGCUCAGACAAACUGAUGCUAUUGAAGCUAGGAUACAGGAGUUACAUAGAGAGCCAGUGGAGGGAACGCCGGGAGGGACGGGCGGUGUUAAGGGCAUGUCCACACAAGAGGCGGAGAGGACAUUUCUCAAGAUCGCUUGCCAACUCGACACAUAUGGCGUGGAUCCACAUCCAGUAAAGGACCACAGAGGCAAUCAACUGUACUUGGGGAUCAAUCAUUGUGGUAUUCUCACAUUCCAAGGCAGUCGGAAGACGCACCACUUCAAGUGGUCCGAGGUGCAUAAGAUUAACUUCGAAGGGCGCAUGUUCAUUGUUCACCUUAACUAUCCUGAGAAGAAGCACACAGUUGGAUUUAAAUGUCCAAGUGGCGCCGCGUGUCGACAUGUGUGGUGUUGUGCGAUAGAACAAAUGUUGUUUUUUACUUUACCAUCAUCAUCAGACGCGUGUGUAUACUCGGGUGGGGGCUUGUUCUCUUGGGGUACAAAGUUCAAAUACGUGGGUCGGACUGAAAGGGAGAUAUUGGAGAGGGACGGACUACUUGCUCCUAGGGUUUCGCAGGACGAGGGUUCAAGCACUGGAGGUAGGCGGAAAGCAUCGAGUGUACCAGCUACGCCUUCCACACCGAUGACUGGAGAUUUCGGUUACAGCAGCCUCCCGCGGUCUACACACAGCGCGCCGCUAGAAGAGAGCGGCGCGGGGGAGGGCGGGGGUGCGGGUGCGGGUGCGGGGGGCGCGGGGGACCUGUGCGAGGGGGGCUGCCUGCUCAGCGGGCCGGCAGUCGACAUCGCGCUCGCGUGCGCGGACCACCUGCGGCGCGACGACAAGAGCGUAUGCGCGGAGUAUACGCGCGACUCGUUCGAGCACUCAUCAACCGAAUCGGGUGCGACAACCCACGUGACGCACGUGUCGCACGCGUCGCAGCCGGCGGACGACUGGCGGCCGCCCGCAUUACAACCCCCACCCAGACCUUUCAGCUUACUACGCGCUUUCGUUCCAUCCUUCUUGUUCGUAUGGCUCUCUCUCGCUCUAGCAAUGCUGUUCAUCUUCGAAACGGAUUGGCCGCUAUUCAGGCCGUUGAAACGGAAACCGGAAAUUGUCUCGCUGAGGCAUCACUAUUACGCGCCGCUCAAGGAGUACCUGAAGAAAAAAGUGGUCGAGCUUUUUUGAUUCGCAUUAGCUUUGCGCGUGGGUGUUGUGCGCUAUCUUGUUAAGUUUACGAGUGGGAGGUGAAAAUUUUCGAUUUUUAAUUACCGGUUAAUAUUUAUUUCUCCGAUUAUUAUUUAUUUAGCCGCUCAGGUUCGGUUGCCUGAUCAGGAAUUCAAAUAUAUUUCACAAGAGGCUCACUAUUAUUUUUAUUUCGAAAAAACCUAACAUUAGGGUCGUUAGUUCGGCAAAAAACGGAAUAAUAACGUGCGUUUUGUGAAAUAUUUAUAUUGUUUUUAAGCAGAGCAUUCAUCGUCGUUUCUGAUAUGGUGGAGAAUAAUUUCUUGUUUUUCGUAUAACUAUAAUAAUAUAGGAUAAUUGUAAGGCAAAAUGAUAAAUAAAAAUAUUUCUUAACGAUGAAAAAUUGAGUAAAAAUCGAGUGUUUCUACCUUUCACGGGCCCUAUAGCUUAUCAAUAUUUUUUAUGCAUUUAUAUUAAUUGAACGUUAAUUUUCGAUGAUCAUAGUAAGAAGUAAGAUUGUGCUCUACAUUGCAGAAAAAUCUCGAAAUUACUUCCAAUCAUGAUAUUUGUACGUAAAGGUAUGAAAAAUAUUGAUAAGCCCAUAUAAUUAGUUGGCCUAAGAGUGAAUAGCGCCAAUUAGUUGAAAUCCCCUUAGUCAGCCGAUAGUCGUGUCAAUUCUGAUGUGUCAAAUUUUUCGACACGUUUUAGGGAAGUACCCGGAUUGUAUUUAUAUACGUUUUGUAUAUAGAACUAAAAUUGCUUCGCAUAAACUAAGGUUAAUAAUGCACCUUUUCUAGGUUAUAGAUAAACAUUUUGUCACACGAAAGCUAAUAUAUUUUUUAUUUGGAAAAGGGCUUGACAAACUGGUGGGCAUAUUUAUGAUUUGCCAAUUUUUGGUGAGAAAGUUAAAGCUAUCUGUUUGAUAAGACCUUGAUGAAUCUAUUUAUAGUAUAAUAAUAUGAUUCAUACGUAUUAACAUUGAUAGAUAACACUGCUUUUAAUAACAAUUUGAUUGCAACUAGAGUGUGAAAGUUAUAUGAAAAGAACUCACCAUUGGGAUUAUUGUACAUUUAACAAAGGAAGACACUAAUAUGUACAGAGUAACAAGAAAAUAUGAUGUAACUACAACUGUUAACAGCUCUUUUGUAAAUACAUGUUGUAAAAAUUCGAUUUGAAUUUUUCUAGAAUCACACAGAAAUAAAAGCACACUUUAUUUUGUAUUAGAUUUGUUAGAAAAAUAAAGAAAACAAAUAACCACAUGUGAAAAUAUGAUUAAUAAUAAUUAAGAACUUUGAAAUGAAUAACGCUAAUUUUGUUAUGUUAUAAUUUUAAAGUAUUUAUGGACGCCUUUUAGCGAGUAAUGCUUAAUAACUCACGCACAAAUAUACAUAUAUAUAUUAUGUGAAUAAGUUUAUGUUUUUAACUUAUUAUAAAUAUUUAUAUUAUCUGCUAACAUUCCACUUUUAACCGCCUUUUUAUUUAUUUAUAAUUUAAUUAAGUAUUUAAGGUACCUGUUAUUAAUUUUAUUAAUAGUAUUUAUAUAAUCGUUUUAUUUAUUUACAUUAUUUAUUAACAUUUCAUUCCAAGAAAUAAAUUUUAAUUGCUCUCUCAUACUUUGUAUUGAUUGAGCUACGUUGUUUUAUUUUUGUCUGUAAAAUUACUUUGAUAUUGACUUUUUGUUUCCUAAGAGAUCUAAUAUAUUAAAUGAUAUGUUUAUAUAUAUGUACUACA